AUGAAGUUCUUCAGCUCGGGUUUUUCUUGCGCUCUAGCGGUGAUCUAUGCCACCGCAGUUACCGCAAGCCCGUAUAGCAAUAUUUCCAGUGUCUCGGAUUUCAUAAAUCUGCUGGAUGUCAGCAACGCAACCGGGGCAAAGAUUGCUGAUACCCUACAAGAUUUGGAUACCAAGAAAAUCCGAUCCUUAAGCACUCAAGGAAAGAAUUCUCUCGGAUGUCAAGUGAGUCGUUUGGUAUUCGGCCGCGAUUUUCUGGACUCAAGAUCGAGCAACUAUGAUAAGAGAGUAGAAGUCAACUGGUCUGCUGCAUGCUGGCUGAGGCCACGGUGUAUCAUCCAACCCCGGUCUACAGAAGAUGUAGCAAAGGCCAUGAAGAUUGUCACAUUUUUGGCCACAAAGUUUUCUGUCCGCAGCGGCGGGAAUAAUCCAAAUCCCCGCUAUUCAAGCAUCGACAACGAGGGUAUUCUUAUUGAGAUGAUUAACCUGAAUGAGAUUACACUGAGUGACGAUGGUUCGGUGGCACACCUCGGCCCAGGAAACCUGUUUAGAAGCGUAUACAGCAGACUGGCUGAAGCCGGCAGGACGGUUGUAGGUCCACGGGUUGGAGACGUCGCUGUCGGUGGAUACUUCCUUGGAGGCGGCAUCUCGUUCUUUUCUAGCAUGUAUGGAAUUGGUGCAGACAAUAUUCUGAAUUACGAGGUUGUCCUUCCCGAUGCAACCAUUACCAAUGCGAAUGCCACACAUAACAGAGAACUUUGGUGGGCGCUUAAGGGGAGUGGUACGAAUUAUGGAAUUGUCACCCGAUACGACGUUAAAACUGUUCCCAACAGCAAAGUCUGGUUUGAAGCACCGCUCUAUUCUCCUGAACAAUCAAAACUGCUCCCUGAAGCUAUAAGAAAAUACGCCGCUGCUGCAGAAAAUGACCCACACGCAGCAAUCAUAAUGUACAUUACGCCGCAAUCCGGUCUCGUCGGGAUGGUAUAUGGCAAACCAACCCCCCGUCCCGAUGUAUACAAGAGCUUCUACGACAUUCCAGCAACACAGAAUUAUAUAAACUCGACCACUGGAACAUGGGCCGACAUGUACAAUGCAUUUACCGGGGUGCCCCCCGCAGCAAAGAGGAAAAUGAUUGCCACGAUUGCCUGCAAGUGGGAUGCCAAAGUCCUUGAGGAAAGCUUUGCGACAUAUUUAGACAUCUCUGCGAGAGUUGCAGAUGAGUUUGGUGCGGUGCUAUCAUACAGCUCACAGCCUAUUACGACUGCUGCUGUGAAGUACGGGUCAGAGAACGGAGGAAACCCCAUGGGCCUCGAGGAAAUAUCCCAGAACUGGUUUGUUUCCACUAUCGAAUAUGCAGAUAGUGCGCACGACGAGGCAGCACUCAAAGCCAUUCAAGCACUGGGUGAGAGCGUGAAGAGCGCGGCAGUGAGUAGGGGAGCCCACCUGUCUUUUCUCUUCAUGAACGAUGCCAACUAUGAGCAAGACGUGCUCAGCAGCUAUGGGCAGAACAACCUGGCACGCCUGCGAGCAAUGAGCCGAAAGGGCUGUUUCAAGUCCAGCAAGGCUGCAGAAGUCAACCAUAUAUCUAUCUGUGAAAAGCACAUGUUCAUGGCUAUCCAAGCCCAGGGAUCGAUAACUGCAAACCUCGUGCUGCCAGGGCUUCGGCUGAACUGGGCUUGCUCGUCGAUCCUGAACAACUUGAAAAGCACGGUGUCGUCCAGCCAGCUCAGCUUCGUCCUUCAUCCUCCCUCGACGGAUCCAAGCUGCUCACUCGCACUGUCACACACCAUGAGUAUCGACCCGUCGCAAGCUGCCCCCCUCAACCCGGGAGACCUCGGUCGGGGGCCUGUUAUCAUGGGCGUGACUUGGGCACUGACAGGCGUUAGCUUGAUUAUCGUUAGUACUCGUGUCUAUUUCCGUUGGAAACGGCCACGUACAUUGGCCUGGGACGAUGCAUUUAUCGUCGCGGCAAUGGGCUUCGUGAGCGAGGCCUACAGAUGGGGACUCGGCAAGCGAGAUGAGAACCUGGCCAUUCCCGAAUUGAUCAUGGUGAUCAAAUGGCUCUGGAUCUCUACGACGCCCGCAAUUGUCGUCUCGAUCCUGGCGAGGAUAUCGGCCGCCUUAAUGCUGAUUCGCAUUUUCGGGGGACGAGCCUGGUUUAAAUGGUUCUUGAUCUAUUUUACCGCCUUGCAGACUGUUGCCGGUCUGGUCAACCUCAUCGCCUGUUGGACUCAAGCCUCACCUAUUCAGGCGGUAUGGGACCCAAGGGUCACCGCAACACGCAAGAUGUCGCCCCAGUUCCAAAAUAUCACUGCAAACGUAUCACAGGCCCUGUUUGCCCUCUCUGACUUGUCCUAUGUCUUGCUUCCCACCAUCUUUAUCUGGAAGCUCAACAUGCCGCUACGCCAAAAAGUCGGUCUGUGCAUCACCAUGAGCUUGUCGUUGAUUAGUAUGGUUGGGGCUAUCCUGAAAGCUGUCACGUCGAACACUGUGGUGACGCAGUACGAUAGCUCGAUCGUGAUUCUCUGGUCCGGUAUAGAACAGGCUCUCGUCAUCUUCAUCAACUGCGUGCCUGCUUUGCACAAGGUGUUCCUGUCAGAGCUGCUCUGGGUCCGCAAAUUGAGCUCGUCGAUCGUCAAAUUUGUCUCCCUGGACCGAAACGGCCGUGGGUCGAGCUCAGCUUACAGUCGGUCUAACCAGGGGGUGGACAGCCGCUCGGAGGCGGGGUCAUGGACACGACGCAAGGCCUCUGCCCAGGAGGAAGGGCGGGAUUCGUCUUCCACAAGCGAUGUCACAUAUGCCGUACAUAUGCAUGAACUUGACACGCACAAGACUCGCGGGGAUUAUGCGGUAUAA